AUGAUUGCAAGUAAAAGCCAUGAUAUCGGAGCAAGUUCUGCCAAUUUAUUCACAAGGUUGACAUCAAGUAAUUACUUAGAAUUCGUUGGUGCAAAGUUUGCUUAUCCUUCCCAGGAAUGGUGCAUAAAAAGACUGAAAAUGAUCCCUGAAAAAUAUGAAAUUUUUGCAAGAUUCAUUGAAAUGAUCAGGGAUGAAGUUGAUGCACCUUUCUACUUGUCUAAAGGUCUUCCUCUUCUUUCUGAACAAGAAAUCAUUAAUCUUAUGAACAGAUUGUCAAAAGACAAUAAAUUUGAUGUUAAAUUGUGGUCAAAAACACCAAUCGAUAUUUCAUCAAUUGUUUUGCAAUCAACAGUUAAUGUUACUGAAAAGUUUUCAGUUGAAAUCGCAAAUAUUUCAUUGGAAGGCGUAACUAAAUUCAUUUAUGAUGAGAAGAUCACUCCGAAGAUGUUGAAAAACACAGUGGAAAACCUUCCUUCAAUCAUUGUUGUCGCAUCGAAACUUCCUGAGAAUUUUGAAGCAGAAAUUUUCAUUUUUGUUAUUCAACAAUUCAUGAAAAUCGAAAGUAUCGAGUUCGAAUAUCUUUCAUUGGCUGAAUCGAUAUGUGUUAGAUACAGAUUACCAUUGAAUGUUUGCGAAACAGAAGCCGACAAAAAGAAACAAAGACAAGCAGAUGAAAUUUACAGUUAUAUCAUUAGAUACCGAAAGAUUUGCGAAAUUUCAAAUUGUCUUGAAGUUUUCGACAAUUAUUUUCGCGGUAAAAAGGAUCCUUUAUCCAUUUUAGUUCGUACAUUGUUUGAUGAUGAUCUUGAACAGUUAUCAAAUGAUUGUUUGAACGCGUUUCCAACGUCAGAUGUUUUUAAUUCUGGAUAUUUGUUUGUUGCGAUGUCUUUCCUUUUGGAUAAAAUUCCAUUAAAAGUUUCAUCAUAUUUCGACAUCACAGUUCAAUACUGCACAAGGGAUUGCAAGAUGUCAGCAGAUCUUAUGAUGAAAUGUCUUUCAAUGAAUGAAUAUUUGGUUGGUGAAAACAUCACUAAAAUCGUUCUUACAUUGAAAGACAUUUUCCGAAACAUUAUGACGAAAAGUGAUGCAUUAAAGUUGCUCAAAAUGAUCAGACAAUCACAACACUUAACACAAGAACAGUCUGUUAUUUCUGCUGUUCCUUUAGUUGCUUUUGAUUUGGAUGACGCAUUCCCUGUAUCAAUCAAACCAACUCCUUUUGCAUUUUCUUUCUUGUUUGAUGUGAUGAAUUCUGGAUGUUUGAGUGUGAAACAAAUGCACAGAGUUUUAGAUUUCUUCACUACAUACAAAUCAUCAAUUGAUGAUGAGAUGAAAGAGAAUCUUUUCAACGAACUUUGCACAUUGAUGUCUGUUGAAAAUACUAUAGAAACAUCUCUCAAACUUACAAAUCUUUUGAAAUUACUUUCUACAUGA